CUUGUAUGAUUUUCAAGACAAAGGCCAUGAGAUGUCGCUCAAGAAUGCCUAACCUAUAGGAUAUCGGAGUCCUCAGUUGUAUCUAAGCUAUAAAAGUAUUUGUACAAAAACGUUUAAACUUCUUAUCUCGACUGUGUGACGGUAAACAAAUCACGUGACAAAGUUUGCAGCAAUUUCGGAUAAUACAAUGGGUUGCACGCCGAGUAUUAGCUUAUCGGAUACGACCAAUGGACAAGUUCUUCAUAAUUCGGAUUACAUAAUAAGAAGCAACAAAAAAAUAAAAAACGAACGUCAAAUGGAGAAUUUGGCACGUAUAGUAUUUCCUUAUAAAGUACCAAGGAUAUCUAUUGUAACACCUAAAAAGGAUACUUGCAUUGACGCAUUUAUUAAAGCGGCUGCCCAUUCAAGUUGUCCCUGCGAUGUCCAUGAAACAACUGAAAAUAUUCCAUCAACUUCUGUAGAUAUCUUUCUGUUGGAUAGAAGAACGCCAAGUUUCGAUGUUGAUUCGCUGUGUAAGGCGUUACGUAACCAAAAUGAAUUUGCCAUUAUUGCGGCCAUAAUACCGAAAAAUCAACGCCGUAGAUUGCGGUCGGGAGUAUGUUCUUCUAAAAGGUCGGAGGGCGAUAAGACGGACGUAGGAGCUUUAUUAGCAACUGGAUAUAAUUAUCGUCUAUUCCAUACCGUCUCCAAACAAGAUGCUUAUGAUGAUCUUUUAGUACUAUUUGAUCUCGUCAAAACCAACCUAAAACUCAGGGUUAGCAGUGCUGUUUUAGCUGCCCUUGAGAAUUGCACCGACGCCGUAGAAAUUCGUGAAGCCUCCAGCGAUGUUACGUGUUAUUCAAACGCCUCAUUUAAGCAAAUCUUUGCUGAUCAUCGUCCACCCAUUCCCGACGAAAUCAGAAACUCAUUAUCAACCGAAACCAAAUACUCUUGGAAAGCCGAAUCAGGUCGUUGCACAGUCGAAUACGUCUCUGACCUUCUGGUGACGGUUCGGCGUAUUUCACCCGAUUUUCAUAAGGAAACGUCAAACGGAACUGUUGGCAUAACUUCAAAACGAAAAGAUUCUUUCCUAACGCGCUUUGCUCAGCAACAAAGCGUCAUGUUAGACGCUCCAAUUAUGCGAGUUAUCAACGUUAUUAAUAUGGUUAAAGAGACAACACCGCAAACUGAAAACGCUUUAGACUCGGCGUUAGAAAUUCUAAGAAGUGCGGAGUUAUAUUCACCAUUAAAAUUUGAUUCAAAAAUACAAGACGACGUAGCUAAUGAUUACGUGGGUGGUUUGAUAACUACAACUGCUAAACGGAAACACUCUAGUGAAUUCUCUUCUCCAAAAUCCUUUGCAGAUAAAGAUAUUACUCCUGGAAUUAUAAGAUCUCAAUUCUCAAACACAAGCGAUGCUCUAAAUAAAUAUUCAGAAUAUUUGGAAAAUGACGAAUUGUGGUCGUAUGAUAUACUUCGUUUAGAAGAAGCCACUCAUAAACGACCCUUAGCAUACUUAGGCCUAAAAAUCUUUAGACGUUUUGGUGUACAGGAACUGUUACGUAUAGAUGAGGCUCUACUCUUCAAUUGGUUAACUAUAAUAGAGCAAAAUUAUCAUAUUAGCAACCCAUAUCACAAUUCGACACACGGAUCCGAUGUCCUUCAUGCUACAGCCUAUUUUUUAAACCGUCCCAGGGCUAAAGUGAUUUUAGAAGAUGUGGACAGAGUGGCCGCAUGUUUGUCGGCCGUUGUACAUGAUGUCGAUCACCCAGGCAGAACCAAUCCGUUCUUAGUAAAUGCUUCUUCUAACCUGGCUUUGUUGUACAACGAUAUUUCCGUUUUGGAAUCUCAUCACGCUUCUUUAGCCUUCCGGCUCACCGGCUCUUCGGAUACGGCGAAUAUUUUUAAGAAUAUAUCCAGGGACGAUUAUAGGACUUUAAGAGAAUCAAUAAUUGAUAUGGUGUUAGCUACUGAUAUGUCAAAGCAUUUUGAACAUGUUUCAAGAUUUGUUAGCUCAACUAAAGCACUUCAGAUUAGCCCACCAAACGAACAGCCAGCUCCAUCUUUCGCCACUGAAACGAAAAUAUUCGAUGACACUACGCUGGCUGCCCUAUCUUCACCCGAUUCAAAACGGAUUAUCCUACGAAUACUGAUUAAGUGCGCGGACAUUUCAAAUCCACUUAGAUCGAGAGACUUGUGUGUUGAAUGGUCGAAGAGAAUCUCUGAAGAAUACUUUGAUCAAACAGAAGAGGAAGAGAGGAAAGGUUUGCCAUUAGUUAUGCCCAACUUUGAUAGGAAAACAUGUAAUUUGGGUAAAUGUCAAACUGGAUUUUUGGAUUUUAUUAUUAAAGAUAUGUUUGCAGCUUGGAAUGAACUGAUUGAUAUUUCCGAGCUUAUGGGAAAUUUAGAGGACAAUUACGCUUUUUGGAAAAGUGAAGAAGAAAGAAUAGCAGACGAAAGAUCAAAAGAAGCUUCAUCUUCAGUCAUUUGAUUGUUAUUCAGAAUUAUACUUAAAAAAUAUACAUAUAUAUAUAUAUAUAUAUAUAUAUAUAUAUACCUAACGUUAUUUUACAUUUCAACCUAUUUAAGUUGUUUUUGUCAAAAGAUUUCUUUUCAUUUAAAAUAACAAGAAAAAUCAUGUUUUACUUUCCAAAGAAAACAAGUUUAUUACAUUUGUUAAUUUUUAAUUGUUUUACUUGUGAUAUUGAGAUGUUGUUCUUUAUUUUUGUGUGUGCUAUUUAUGUAAAAGAAAUAAGCAAAAUUAGAUGCAGAUAAAGAUAAAAGAAAACAAAUUUAACUGGUUUUCUUUUCCCUUUAGUUAUCCAAAGAACAAAGUACAAUAUACAAAUAUAACUAUAGUUUGAACUAUUCAUCUCUAUCAAUGUAUUUUUAUCUUUAUGAAAAAGAAAUAGUAUGAAAUGUAAAUUUCCUUUUCUUUUUAUUAAAUGUGUACAAAGCUGAUUCUUUUUUUCUCUUUGGACGAACAAACAAAAACACAAGAGUUUCUUUUUGUAAUUAACAAAAUUUUACUUAACACUUUUUGUCAAUAUUUUAUUUAUUUCUUUGUUUACAUAAAACUUUCUCUCUUUUUAAAUAAUUAAAAUCAAAACAUAAAAUAAUACAAUUUACAGAG